AUGGCGCGACCCGCUCGGGGGCCCCGCGCACGUUCACCCCUGGGGGACUACCUGUCUCCCCGGGGAGCCGCGGGGCGUCCCGCUGCGGCGUCUCCCCCCGAUACGCGGCCGCGCCCCGGCUUUCCUCAGGAGACGUCCCACGAGGCGCCCCAGCGCCCCGUGCCGCCCACGCCCGAUUUGGGGCACGCCCCGCUCUCGCCGCCCCCCCACCAGCGUGGCCGGCAAGCAGCCGACGCCCGCGCCGCCCACCGGGGCACCAGCACCCCGCCCUCCCGCGGGGGCAGCCCCUUCGUGGACGCCAACAAACCCUCGCGAAAGACUGCGGCUCACGUGAAAUCGCCGGAUCUCGCCGCGGGACCGGGCUACCCCGCGCUUGUCACCCCCCCCCGAGCUGGGCCCCGCCCGAGCUGUCCGUGCCCGGCGCGCCCCCCCGCCCGUGCUGGCCUGCCCCGCCCCCCCCACUGCCUCUACUCGCACACCCACAAACCUUACCCAACCCGCGCGCCUGGGGCCGACGAGCGGAAGGCACCAAGGAGUCUCGCAAGUAGGCGCAUGCGCAGUGGGGGCUGGGCGGUGUGA